UGACACUGAAAUUAAAAAAGAUAAUAAUGGCGGACGUAUUGUAAAGUGACGCAAACGUAACGUCCUACGGCAUGCGUUUUAUUAAUAUUUUCAGAGUUCAAGUUGUGUUAAAUCAUUUUUUAACGUCAUUAGUGAACACAUGACCAUUUAGAGAGUUGUCGGCAGUACACCCGAACAAUGGCGCGCGAGUUUGAUCAUCUUUUUAAACUGCUGAUUAUCGGUGACAGUGGUGUGGGUAAGAGCUGUCUGCUCCUGCGGUUCGCCGACAACACGUUUUCGGGUAGCUACAUUACGACGAUAGGCGUCGAUUUUAAAAUAAGAACCCUAGAACUUAACGGAGAGCGAGUGAAGCUGCAGAUAUGGGACACAGCAGGGCAGGAGCGGUUCAGGACGAUAACCAGCACGUAUUAUCGAGGCACUCACGGCGUCAUCGUCGUGUACGAUGUCACCAACGGAGAGUCCUUCGCGAACGUCAAACGGUGGCUGCAUGAGAUUGAACAGAAUUGUGAUGUAGUGAACAAAGUCUUAGUUGGCAACAAGAAUGAUUGCCCGUCGCGGAAAGUGGUGGUGACGGAGGACGCCCAGAGGUUCGCCAGCCAGAUGAACAUACCACUGUUCGAGACUAGUGCAAAAGAGAAUAUCAAUGUGGAGGAGAUGUUUCUCACCAUCACAAAAAUGGUACUAAGAUCAAAGCUCGAAAUGAAGGAGAGACAAAACGUCACAUCAAACGACACAGUCAACCUGAAGAAUAGUCGCAGCAAAAGUAGGAAGAAGUGUUGCUAGUGGUGAAAUAGGGCGCAGUGCCGGACACUAACGCUAUGCUCAAAUACUGUGUGUUGCACAACCCUGGCGGGACCCUGGACUACAAUACCAUAGAGAAAUAUA